UCCUUGAGAAGUGGAGAGAAGAAGCGAAUCGGAUAAACCUUCUUUGUCUGUCUGCUGGAGUAAAACCCUCGUCGGCGCCGCCGUCUCCACCUCUUCUCCGGCCAACCCCCAGCCCCACUGGCCACUGCUCGUCUCUCCGCCAGCUCCCUACCCCGCGCGGCCGCCGCAUCGUGGAACGCCAGCCCCCCUUCUUCGCUUGCUUCCAUGUCUUUGACCACCGUCUCUUUCACGGCCGCUUUCUCGCACUCCUCCAGGCUGCUCCCCAAAUGGUCGUGCACGCUGCCUAGCCCGGCGAGGCUCCGCUGCCGUUUCGCCGUGCGCGCUGACGUCAAGGUGAUAUCUUCCGGUGAAGCCUGCCGCCGUGGGCUUGCCGCCGGCAUCGACAAGCUCGCCGACGCCGUCGCGGUCACUCUAGGCCCCAAAGGCAGGAAUGUUGUUAUUGACCAAGAUGAUGUUCCUAAAGUAAUCAAUGAUGGUGUCACAAUUGCCAAGGCUAUAGAACUCCCAAAUGCUAUUGAGCAUGCAGGUGCCAUGCUACUUCAAGAGAUAGCAUCCAAGACAAAUAGUGCUGUUGGGGAUGGAACAACAACUGCUAUUAUUUUGGCAAGAGAAAUGAUUAACCUUGGGCUGCUGGCAGUUGCCACUGGUGCUAACCCAGUUGCCCUGAGAAAGGGUAUUGACAAAGCUGUUCAUGAACUUAUUGAAAUCUUGAAGACUAAAGGUAUCCCUGUAAGUACAAAGGCGGAAAUAAAAGCCGUUGCUUCAAUAUCAGCUGGCAAUGAUGAAUAUGUUGGCGAUCUCAUUGCUGAUGCAUUGGAGAAGAUAGGCCCUGAUGGAAUAAUAAAAAUUGAGUCGUCAUCUUCAAUAUAUACUUCAGUCGAGGUGCAAGAAGGAAUGAAGAUAGACAAGGGUUAUAUUUCUCCACAUUUCAUCACAAAUCAAGACAAAGCAAUUGUUGAAUUUGAAAACGCUAGGGUGCUUUUAACUGAUCAGCGGGUGGAUGAUGUCCAAGAGAUACUUCCUUUGCUGGAGAAGACCACACAGUUGAGUGUCCCUCUGUUGAUUAUUGCUGAGGAUGUUUCACAUACAGUGUAUUCAACUCUUGUUCUUAACAAACUGAAUGGACUGCUAAAUGUUGCGGUUGUUAAAUGUCCUGGUUUGGGGGAUGAAAAGAAGGCUAUUCUCCAAGAUAUCGCUAUUAUGACAGGUGCCGAUUUCUUUGCUAGUGACCUUGGUUGGUGUCUUCAAGGCGCUACUUCUGAUCAGCUAGGUAUGGCUCAGAAGAUCACUAUAACAAGUGAUUCUACUACUAUCAUUGCACAUCCUUCAAUGAGACCAGAAAUUGAGGCCAGAAUUCAGCAACUGAAGAAAGAUCUAGAGGAGACGACAAGUGCAUAUCUAAAGGAAAGGUUUUCAGCUCGAAUCGCUAAACUCUCAAGAGGUGUUGCGGUUAUCAAGGUUGGCGCAGCUACUGAAGCUGAACUCGAGGAUAGGAAACUGAGAGCGGAGGAUGCAAAAAAUGCAACCUUUGCAGCCAUUAGUGAAGGGAUAACUCCUGGUGGUGGUUUGACAUAUAUUCAAUUAUCAAAGUAUAUUCCCAGUAUCAUGGAUCUUGUGGUUGACUCUGAAGAGAAGAUUGGUGUAGAUAUAGUUGGGAAGGCACUUCUGGUCCCUGCUAUGACAAUAGCCCGCAAUGCUGGGGCAGAUGGUCCAGCUGUUGUUGAGAAGCUUCUUGCUAGUGAAUGGCGAGUUGGAUACAAUGCGAUGACCGACAAGUUCGAAGACCUUGUUGAAGCUGGUGUGGUAGACCCAUGCAGGGUUGCAAGAUGUGUGCUCCAGAACUCUGCCUCUAUUGCAGGACUUAUCUUAAUGACGCAGGCUAUGAUGUUCGACAAAAUAAAGAAGAAAAAGUCCCCCAUUCCUCAAAUUCCUGGCAUCCCGCCAUUGCAGAUAAAUCAAAAUGCUUAGGUUACUGCUAAUGUACUAUUAUUGGAGAAAGGUCCAUGAUGCUGGCCCUUGUUUGGUUGAUUAGAUGUGUUGAACUGAGAAUUGGGAUUGGACCAACACAUCAUCAGUUGAAGCCCCUGGGUAUAUGAUAAUGGAGGAAAAGAUUAGCUGAUUUUGGAGGGAUACAGCUGGUUUAAACUUUGAACCAACUGUAUACUGCUCAGCGAAAUGCUCUGCAGCCCCCUCAUCUAUUUUCCCCUAGAGGUGCGAGGGGCAAUUUUUUGGGCACAAUUCUGUAACGUAGAAGAUAGGGUUACUAAAGAACUGUGGAUCUCACAAUGUUGGAAAUGCCAAUAUUAUUUUUCUUGUAUAUCUUCAAGAACGUGCAUGAUACUACUCUGAUCAACUUCACCAGGACCGUUGCACCUGAAAAACCGAAUGGCGUAGCCAGAAUUUGUCAAAUUACUAGCAUUAAAUGAAAGAAAUU